UUUAUGUGAACGGAAAGCGAAUCCGGAUUAGGCGUACCAUUUCUCCGUGCCGAAAGUCAAAUUAGUCAGCAUAGUUAAACUUCCGUUCUGUAGAAAAAGUGUUGAGGUACACGUCAGGUUAUAUUUAGAUGAUCAGCAUUUUACAAAGUGGACAUUGAUUGAAAAGAUCAAACAUGGCUUCAAACGACAUUGGCGACUGGUAUAGGGGAAUUCCCUUUUUAACAAAAUAUUGGUUCACAGGAUCAAUUGUGGUGCCUAUAUUAGCCCGAUUUAGCAUCCUGAACCCAAUGUGGCUAUUUCUACAUUAUGAAUCAGUUGUGUACAAGUUUCAGUUCUGGAGACCAUUGACGUCUGUGCUGUUCUAUCCUAUUUCUGGAGGAAAUGGAUUCCAUUACCUCAUCAACCUAUAUUUCUUAUAUUCAUACUCAACACGUUUGGAGACAGGUAUCUUUGAUGGAAAGCCUGCAGAAUAUGCCUUCAUGUUGCUCUUCAACUGGCUCUCUCUGGUUAUAAUUGGUCUUAUUGGCGAGAUCUUUUUAUUGAUGGACCCCAUGGUCCUGAGUGUUCUGUAUGUGUGGUGUCAGCUGAACAAGGACACAGUCGUACAAUUUUGGUUUGGAACACAGUUUAAGGCUAUGUACUUGCCAUGGGUUCUGCUGGCUUUCAACAUGAUCUUGGGACAAGGUGGAAUCUCGGAGCUACUAGGAAUCCUUGUCGGACACCUGUACUUCUUUUUAAUGUUUAAAUACCCACAAGACUUUGGAGGAGCUCGCUUUCUCACUGUACCAAACAUAUUGUAUAAGUAUUUACCAAACAGACGAGGCGGUGUUUCUGGCUUUGGGAUGGCACCAUCGAGUCGUCGACAACAACAAGACGAGGGCCACGAUAAUCAUAAUUGGGGACAUGGCAAUCACCUGAACUAGACUGCAGAAUCACAAUAUUUACUGCGGAACUCGUCGACAUUGUUAUUUAUAAAAUCAGGACCGAUUUGAUGUUCGUUAACUGAAAAUACAUCAGAGCUUCACAAAUACUUUCUUAUAUUGGAAAACUUUUUUCAAGUUAAUGAAACAUCGUAAAACUGGGACCUGAUAGUGUGAUGCAACUUAAAUCUUGACAUACAUAUGGCAUGUUUGGAUCUCCAAUGGAAAAAAAAUGUUUUACACAUUUAAAAGAGAAUAUUCCAUAGCUAAUCAUAUUGCCAGUGUUUGAAAAUGUAGAAUAAGUCAUUUUAUGCAGUAUGGAUGAUCUGUAAAUUGACAAAAGCUUUUUUUUUAAGACGAUGACCACCACAAAUACUUUUUGUAGACAUAAGGUGAUGAAUCCGCCGCCAUCUGUCAACCGUAUACAGGUUAUUGCAACGCAUAAUGUUAGUGUCUUAUGGUUUGGGAUAUUUUGGUGUUAUAAUAAAUGCAUUGCCCUAAUUUCCAUUAUUUUUGUAUUUUGGUAAACAGGUUAAGAAAAGGAUUUUAUUUCUGAGAAAUAAUAUAUGAGCUCAUCAUCAUCAUCAGCUUGAAACUGAAACGUUUUCUUACGAUGAAUGAUGUAACUUAUGUAUUUAUUUUUAUUUAUUUUUUUUUUGUAAUUCCAUGAAAUGUUAGAUAUCUUAACAAUAACUUGACAGUUUUCAUUACUGAAUAGUGUCUGUCAAUGUUUAAUGAAUUCCAAGUGACAGAUAUCAUUGUUACAAGUUCUACAAGGUAUAUAUACAUAUAAGGGUAGAGGUUUGCUGCUCUGUAUAACUACAUUUGAUUCAUUCAUUUCUCAUCAGUUUUUCUGUUCUUUCCAUAUAUGUGUUCCUUAAUAUAAAUCAUCUGGAAAAUCAUCUAUUGUAAGGUUGCAUUCCUGAUACCAUUGACUACUUUUACUGAAUUCCACGUAAGAGGAGGCUGAUAAAAAAUCCAUUACUGUAAACGUACUUAUUUUAGCGCAAUCAAAUUUUAGCGCAUUUGCAGAUUUUAGCCAGUUAGCGCAAUGAUGAAUUAGCGCAUCCACAGAACUUUCUAUAGAAAUAGAACGUACAAAAAGUAAUUAGCGCAAUCAUAAUUUAGCGCAAGGCUUCCAGCGCGAAAAGCGCUAAAAUAAAAUCACCGCUAAAAUAUGUACGUUUACAGUAUUACAGGUUAUAAGGAAAUUCCGUUAGGGUACCAGAUAUAUUUUGUGGGUUCUGAGAUUAAACAAAACCAGGGUUCUCGCACAAAUUCUAUCCCCUCGGGUAAAAUCUCCCUAUUUCCCAUACCUGUGAUUUACUUGAAAUAAAUUUUUAAGGCAUCGCUCCUUUACCAGUUGAAAUGCCAGUAUACAAACUACAUUUAUUAAACAGGAAGUGCUUUAAUCUUUGACAUCAUCGGGUGAUAUUCAUGAUGAUUAUUACCAGUGAUGUUCAGAAGGAUGUUAUGUCAUAUUUUCUAAUAAACAAAAUCACUUUUCACAUGUUUAAUUUGUCGGGAGCCAUAUUAUGCUACAGAAUUCCUUUAAUAUAUAUAUUUAUCAGAUGACAUGUAAGUAUCAUUUCAAAUGUUUUAUUGAAACCAUUAAAACAUAUUUCCAUUAA